AGAUUAGGUUACUGGCAGAUCGGGGUGUAGUAGCGAGGAUCGCAAACAGGCCCGAAAGACACGUAUCUGGAGAAUUCCACAUUAGAUUCGUUCAUAAGGUACAGCUACCAAAUACGAAAAGCAUCGCGAAAGUAUGCCCGCGGAGCGUUCCGUUUCUCUGCCCGCUCUGGUGCCACCAGGAGCCGCGGAAGUCGCGUCUUCCAGCACCGCUAAAGCGCCGCGGAGAAUAAAGAAUGAGCUACAAUCAGGGACCGCGACGGUAAGAAGUUGGAAAUAGUACAUGUUGAUCUCAUGUGUGAGCUGUGCAACUUCAGAAUUUUGAAUGCGGGCGCAACUCAAGAACCCCUCAAAAAAGAUUCCCACAACCACACAGCGCGCCGGCGUCUGCACCGUUCCGCCGAUGAGUAUACCCGGGAUAGCGGAUGAAGAUCCCCGGGCAACCCUGCGUCUGGACCGCGUGGACCGAGCUCUGGCAGUGCAGGAAGAACGGCUCGCCAGAAUAAACCGAUCUAGCAUGGGAAUCGGAAAGAGGGCGGUAAGAUCGUGUUUUUUUCGGUAAUGUUGGAAGCGAUAAUACAACUUGAACUUACAUUGAAGCAUUUGCUAUGUGGGAGCAAUGCAAGUCAUUGCAGCACACAAAUUAGAAGUAAAAGCAAAGCGAAUCCACAGACAGACGCAGUUCCAUUUGCGGAUUAUCGAUUGCGGUGGGUCUAGUCGUACUUACAGAAACUUGCAAACCGAAAAACAAAGGUAACAGUAGAGGUGCUAGCGAACACAGCCGGUAACACGACGGAAUUCUUCCCCAAGCAACAGCUGGCACAUGGUAGCUCGGUCUGAUUCGCUUUAUCGAGGACAGGCGUUUCCGAUGAAGACUUUCGUUAUCUUUUCCUGUAGUUCUGUUCUGCUUGUCGUCGUCGUCGAGGUUUUAUUGAAAAUUAUGAUGAUGCAAGGUGCACAUCGAACAAAAUGAAAACUUCAGGUGGUAAGCCGUACAUAUGUCGGGAGCUGAAGCAGAACGAAAUACCGACAUUUGCCGGCGACGCACUUUUCACAACCACCAACCGUGCCGAUUUUUUUUGGAAAAGCCGGAAGAAGCGCAACCGGGAUCGCAAACACAAGCGGCCCUACGACGACUUCUACAAGUUUCGGGACUCGUUCUUGAUGCAAAAAGCGUGCUUGCGGGCAGUGUAGCCGUACGUAAAAUAGUCUCCCAUUUUCUUGUUUCGCACUUUUUCCACUCCUGUUUCGCAGACCUCCAUCAUACACUACUACCCACGUAGCUGUGUUACUUUCUUGCUGUAAUGCUGAGCUCGCCCCGACUCAAUAUCAUUCACCGCUAGAAGAUCAGGAUCAGGAUCAUCAUCGCCCAUUUGAAGCAAAAGCUUUAGUCGAGGACUACAGUACGUAGCCUCCUUCGGAUUCUACUGCCGUGCAGGCGCGCGCGCUGGGAAUCGUAAGGCUACACGCGACGAAUGAGGCGGCUUUCUUUUUUGCGCCACGUGAUAUGCACAUCAAAGGCUAUUUUAUGGAAGCGAUGAGCACAUUGAACAGAACUGUUUGCAACCCUAGAGGUACUACUUGUACCUUUCAUCACACCAUUUCACUGAUGGAGCGCUGUCGCACUUUGCAGGAUAUAUUUCGAGAACUCGGAUUAUGAUAUAGGAUAGUGAUCCAUCUGGGUGGUGCUACUACAGCGGAUAGCAGUCGUCCUUCAGCGUUCUCCCGAACAACGACGGUGCCGCGACCGGAGCAACAACAUCGAUAUCCUCGUUUGCUUUUAUUCUUUCUUCAAGCUUUUUUCUAUCGCGUAUUAGUAGGAUAGAAAGUGCAUGAAGAAGUUCCAGUGGAGGUGGACUAAAACUUGUAGUCAUGGUGCGUUGUACUGUUUACAAUUGUUCGUGGUACGGAUCCUGCGAAUGGGAAUGCUCCUCCACCUGAAAAUAUCCUCCUCCUAAGAUAAAAAUACCCGAACAAAUUUGUUGUUCGACCUGCCGUGUACAAAUUUGAUACUGAUUGUCGAGCUUGAGGACGAGAUAUAAUCAUUGCACAACCAGAAGGAUUAAAUCAUGAAGAACGACUUUACCUCGGUCUUCUGGGUCGAAGGUUUGAUUUUGGCCCGCCGUCUGACGUUUGCGGGAUCACCGUAGUUUCCGUUGUCAAU